AUGAAAUAAUUAGACCUUCGUUUACCUUCUGCUAUUCACAGUAGACGAAUUCAUACAUAGUUCACAACAGCAUUAGAUAUAUGCAGAAUCAAUUUGAAAUCACGUUCUGAAGUGAGGUGUAAAACAGAAGGAACAAUACUAAAAACUGAACAUGGUACUUGUACUACUGAAGAUGAAUUUUUACCAAUCUUUGGGAGUGUUGACUUAUGGUCUAUUUUAGGGUAAAGGGAUUUCUAUUUUACUUAAUCUCCAAAAGAAAUAAAGUUAUUACAACAGGCAGAAAGUGAAAUCACUUUAACAUUUUUGGACAUUAAAACUAUGAUUGCAGAAAUGGAGAGCGGUUACAUUACAACAAAAGGAUAGUUAUGUUUCAAAAGCGAUUAGCAAUUAAAAUAAACUAAAUUACUAUACAUAACUCCAAAAUAGAGUCAAUAAUGUAUUUACAUUUGUUUGAUAUAAGGAAUGUAAUCAAAUAAGGAGGUAUAAUAAAAUUUUAAAAACUUUUUGUUAAAUAUUUGGAAAUGCGAAACUAAGAAAUGGUGUGCAGGUUGCUAUUUUGAAUAUAUUCACAUUUUGGUUUGGGAUUAAUUAAAACAAUUGACUUGGAUAAUAUCUGGAUAAGAUCUUGAUUUAUAACAUCUACGUUCAUGUUAAAAUGUUAGCAAUACUAAUUCGUAAUAUCGGGGUAAAAAAGUAAGAAGAAUUCUAUUUAGCAGUAAUGAAAACUAAUUGAAAGUGAAAAGUAUCUCUUUAAAACAAUCCUUUCAUAAACCUAAAUUAGUCAUUGAAGAUAAAAUUAAUUUUGUAAUGGAUUUCAUUAAGCCAAUAAUAUUAGAGAAAGAUAGAAUAAAUGAUAUAGUUGUAAUGAAGAAGACUCUAUUAAGACCAAAAUCGAGUGUGGACAGAGUGAAGAGGAAAAAUUAAAAUUUGAUAACAAAAAUCUUCACUCCAAAGGCAAAUUAAAUUAGUAUUAUAAAUAAUAUUUAUAAAUGA